AUGAUUUGUGCGGUGGCGAUGAUUUUGUGUUCAUUCGCAGCACUUUUGAUACUGUUAGACUUCUUAGUAAAACGAUUUACUACGUACAAUAUUGCCAAAUCAACACAAAGUCUACCGAUGUAUCCAAUUAUUGGGUCAACUAAAUUUUUAUUCAUUUCUCAGGAGAAAUUUUUUGAAUUGGGAAGACAUUAUUGUAGAAUUUUUCCAAAUGUUCAUGUUUUUUGGUCAUUCGGUAUUUUGGUCUAUAACAUUUAUUCAGCUCAUUCGUUUGAGCAAAUUGUCACAGGUCCGAAACAUAUUGAGAAAAGUCCAUAUUACAAAUUUUUGCACCAUUUACUGGGCACUGGGCUACUAACUAGCACCGAUGAAAAAUGGUUUACACGACGAAAACUAUUGACACCAGCAUUUCAUUUCAAUAUUCUGAACGGAUUUCAAUCAACUUUUAAUGAACAAACGGAAAUUCUAUUGAGAGAAAUUCGAGAAAAUGAAAUCAACAAACCCGAAGGCACUCAUUUACAAAAAUUGAUCUCAAGAUUCACAUUAAAUACGAUUUGUCAAUCAUCGAUGGGUAAAUUGUCAAAAAUCGACGAACUUGAUGAUUAUCGAAGUAAAAUCAAUGGAAUUGGGAAAUAUCAAGUAGAACGUAUGACAGUGCCCUGGUACUUACUCGACUGGACUUAUAAUUUAUUUGGAAAUGGUUCGAAAGAAAAAAAAUUAACUGAGCAGGUGCAUGCAUUUACCGGCGGUGUUAUUGCAACAAAAAGAAAAGCGUUUGUUUUGAAUCAAAACAAAACAAAUUCGAAUGAGGAAGAAAAUUCUGCUUAUAGUAAAAAGAGAUAUGCUAUGCUGGAUACACUUCUGAUGGCAGAACAAAAUCAACAAAUUGAUGAAAAUGGUGUGCAAGAAGAGGUUGAUACAUUUGUAUUUGAAGGAAUUGAUACGACAAUGACCGCAAUUACAUUCAUUUUGUUUGCGAUUGCAA